AUGUCCUGCCCCAUCUCCCGCCCAGGCUCUUCCGCGAGCGCGCUGACUGUCGCCGCACGCGAUAUCCCGUCACCAGGAAUCUCUACCGCACCCUCCUCGGGCUCCAUCUUCGCGCUCUCUCCGACCCUCUCGCUUAAUCCGGAGCGCUCGCUCAGCCACGCCUCCUCGUUUGCCACUACCAUCUCGACUUCUGCGCCCAUCACCCCCACGAACGAUGAUCCUAGCAGUCCGACCAUCGCGCCUCCGACGCCUGACAGUGAUCGCGCGGCGUCACCCAUACACCUCGGCGACCUCGCGAAACAGCUCGCCACGGACAGUCCGGUGGAUCCCCGCUUCGAGUCCUUCGACGAGAGCACAUCACGCUUCCCGCAAGACCGCGACUCCAGCAUAUACGACGACUCGGAGCCCAGUACGCGCAUCUCUGUUGCGCUCUCGGAUGGCGGCGCGGGAAUCGGUUUCUCGCUCCUGCAGAACUUCGCGGGAGGUAGCGAUGACAGCGACGACGAGGACGGUCAGUCCGUUCGCAGGACGCUGUCAUCCGAUUCCACGGUUGAAGGCCCUCCGGGCACCGCGCGCUCGGAAUCGCACUAUUCACAGUCCCCGCGGAGUGCUGUCCACCCGCCGUUGUCUGUCCGCUCGGACUCGCCGGAGAGUACUGCGCAGCCACCGCCUUCCGCACGCUCAGACUCGCACUACUCGGAGUCGCCUGUUCAGACCCGGCUCUCUCUUCGCUCGGAAUCCCCUGCGGAUAAUGCGCAGCCACCGCCUGCCGCGCAGUCCGACUCACCUGCAAGUAUCGGGCAGCCUCCGGUCUCGGCGCGCUCGGGAUCUCAUUACUCACAGUCACCCGUCAACGCGCCGCUCUCCCUCCGCACCGACUCUCCUGCGAGCAUACCGCAGCCUCCGCUCUCCGCGCGCUCGGGGUCCCAUUACUCGCAAUCGCCUGUGCAGCCCUUGUUUUCUGGGCGGUCCGAUUCGGUCACCAGCCUCCCGCAACCGCCGUUCUCGGCGCGCUCGGGCUCGCAGUACUCGGAUUCGCUCCCGUCCGCGCACUCGGGGAGCGACUAUGGCGGCGAGGACUGGGAGGGCGCGGAUGACAUCUACGACGACUAUAGGUACUCGCGAUACUCGAUGGCGUCGAAGAUGUCGCGCUUCUCGAAGGGCUCGAUGUACACCGUCGCGUCGACUUCUGAGGUCGUCCCACCGAUACCUACGGAGCUGUCGAGGGGCAGUCUGGACUCGCGCGAGCACGGCAGGAAGGGCUCGAAGGAGACAGCGCACUCGAAGCUCAGCGAGAGUGUCUCCACUCCUGCGGAGGAUCUGUUGAGCGCGGGUGAUUCGGAGGAGACGAUGAGCCGGCUGCAAAAGAACAGGCCCGCGCCGCUCACGUUCAGGAAGGAGCCUGAGCCGUCUCCACUGUUGCACGCGACGUUCGGCUCUCCGCAGGCGUCGCCCACCGCUCCGACAGCGACGACGGCAUCUUUCGCAUCGCCUACGCUCAUGUCUCCGGUCUAUCCAACCAACACGGGCGCGGCGACUAACCUCAGGCAGCGGCUCGAGCGCGAGCGGGACGAGCAAGACGAUGACUUGCCGUCCGAUCGUGAGGCCGCAGGCAAGGGAAGGCUAGGACAAGAGCUUACCGUGGUGGAGCGUGACCCCAGCAUGCCGCAUACCGCGGCUUCGCAAGCGGCAGAGAUCGUGCACGGCCCGUCGGAGACGCGCUCAACGCCUCCGCCUACUCCCGCUAUUCCACCAUCCGUCCAGAGAUCGUCGAACUCCUCCCCACGCUCCCCGCGCAACGAGAAGCGCAUGAUGGUGAUUGCGAACGCGGACCCAGUGCCCGAUGGGCCCCCACCUCCCCCGUACAGUGCGACUCCCGAAGCUUCCUCAUCUCAAGUUCCACCACCGCAGCCCGCGCCCGUUCUGCCCCUCACACCUGCGCCCGCGCCUAUGCCCAUGCCUAUGCCCAUGGCCAUACCCCGACCCGGUCCGUCAACGAGCCCGCCGACACACCCCACAGCGCGCCCUAUCGACCCGAACCGCCCACCUGCCGACCCACAAGGUCGGCAGAGCCUCUUCCUCCCGCAUCCCGGCGCCCCAAAACCGACCACCGCCUCCGCGGGCCCGAUGUACGGACGCCAGCCCGCCGCGCCUCCCGUUCCCACCGGCCCACCUGCGGGCUCGGUCUUCCAGGUCCUGCAGAUCGCGUUUGUCGCGCGGCGGGAGGGUCGCCCUGCGCCUCCGACGAUAUACGGGCGGUUCGAGUACGACUUGUCGACGUCAAUAGGGCCGGUGCCUAUCACGUUUAGUCUGGAGCCACAGAACAACAUCCCCGCGAACCGGGCACGACCGCCGAUGCCGUGGACUGGUGCGCAGGGCCCGAGCAGGACGGGGUUGCCGGCGUCGGGGAUGGGGAUGGGUGGCGGUCCUCCCGGUGGGGAGUUGGCGGGGAGGCGAAGUGUGGAUCCCGCGGGGAGGCAGAACGCGAUGUCGCUCCCCGGGAGGAUGAUGUCGCCACCCGCGAGGGUGAACACGAUGCCCCGCCGAGCAGGGUAA